UUCUGCGCCUGCGCGGAAGAAGAAACCCGUAUAGCGGGGGCUGGGUUCGCCGGAACCCCGCGUUCCCGACUUCUGCUUCCGGGUCGGAGCCAUGGCGGUGGCAAAUUCAAGCCCUGUCAAUCCCGUGGUGUUCUUUGAUGUCAGCAUUGGCGGCCAGGAAGUUGGCCGGAUGAAGAUCGAGCUCUUUGCAGACGUUGUGCCUAAAACGGCUGAGAAUUUUAGGCAAUUCUGCACUGGAGAAUUCAGAAAAGAUGGGGUUCCAAUAGGAUACAAAGGGAGCACCUUCCACAGGGUCAUAAAGGAUUUCAUGAUUCAGGGUGGUGAUUUUGUUAAUGGAGAUGGUACUGGAGUUGCCAGUAUUUACCGGGGGCCAUUUGCAGAUGAAAAUUUUAAACUUAGACACUCAGCUCCAGGCCUGCUUUCCAUGGCAAACAGUGGUCCCAGUACAAACGGCUGCCAGUUUUUCAUCACCUGCUCUAAGUGUGAUUGGCUAGAUGGGAAGCACGUGGUGUUUGGAAAAAUCAUCGAUGGACUUCUGGUGAUGAGAAAGAUUGAGAAUGUUCCCACUGGGCCCAACAAUAAGCCCAAGCUGCCUGUGGUGAUCUCACAGUGUGGGGAGAUGUAGUCCAGACUAAGACUGAAUCAGCUCUCAGGUGAUGCUGAUGCUGUCUUGGAGUAAUAAAGCUCCAGGGGAAUGACGAUAUGUCUCUGCAUUGAGCACCCACCACAUUCCAAUCAGAAAAGACCCAGGAGGACAUCAUCUCUUGGUGGCACUGGCCAGCAGGGAUCUACUGCCUUCAAAUCAAGAUAUCACCCAGUCAUGCAUUUGAGGCCUUGUGCCUAGGCACUGGAAGUAUAAGAAGGUGGGAAGGAGACAGAAGACAGGUGCACCUCCCUAUGGAGCACUUCCUUCCAGAACUUAUUUCGUGCUUUACGUUAGGUCCUGACUUUGGUUAUAGUGAAAUUGAAGUUUUCUGACAACUGUAGAUGUAGAAAUCUUGAUUUUACCUCAGUGGGUCCCAUGAAAGCUUUUUUAUGAUGAAUCUGAUUAAGUAUACAUAAACGAACCUUGGCCCUCAGGAUUCUCCAACUGUCAUCUGAAUUGGGUUCUUGGCUACUUACAACCACAUGGAGGAUGGUGGAACCUCUGUUUUGAAAGCCCAGGCGUCUCUUGGAAAAGGGAGUGGCUGUGCCCUGCUAGUCUGAAUUGCUACUGGCCUCCCUGUGAUACUCAAACCUGGUAAUAUCAUGUAGUAGAAAUCUUUCUUUAGUUCAUUUUUCCCCAAAUUUCCCUGAAGAUAAGAAUCUCUUGGGGGAGGGGGAGAGUAUAGCUCAGUGGUAGAGUGCUUAGCAUGCACAAGGUCCUGGGUUCAAUCCCCAGCACCUCCAUUAAAAUAAAUAAAUAAACAAACAAACCUAAUCACUCCCACCCCCCCAAAAAAAGAAUUGCUUAGGGGUAUUUGUUAAACCUAUUAGUUCCCUUAUCUCCCACUCUGCUCUCAAGAAUUUGAAUGAGUGAAUUUGAGGUAGGAUCCAGGGUGGUAUGUUUGUAACAAGCAUCUCAGAUGCUUCUUAUCAGAGAAAUGUGGGUAACACUGCCUUUAGAUGGUGCUGGAUGAGUAUUUUUUUAACAUUUGUUUCUUAGGAAAAAUGUAAUUAGCACAACACAUAAUUUUACAGCUAUUAUAGCUUACAACGGUGGUUUUCAAGUUCAGAUAGCCAGUAGGUUAAAAAUUAAUUGUACCUGUGGAUGGUGGAUAUGCUAACAGCAGUGAAGCUGCUGUUGGAAUGACUGAGGUUUAGGAAAUGCUGUCCCCCCAGUCUGGGAUUUCCUGUAGAUGUAACACAUUCCUGUAGAGGGAGAUCAUGAAAGACAUGGUGGCACGUGGGCUUGGCCCUUCAUUCAUUUCCCAACUCAGCACUAAUUAAUUAAGAUAGGUCCCACGCUGCAGAUGAAGCUACAGAUUUGGAAAGCCCAGUUCCUGCCUUCAAGGAACUCACAGUCUCUUGGGGAAACUGACAGUUACAGUACAAUAAAGCACUGGACUGGAGGUUUUCGGACAAAAGAAGAAAGUGUGGAUGCCUAUGUCUGCCUGGAGUGUUUUGGAAGACUUCAGAAGAGAUGAUGUUGCAGCUGAGUAUGUGAAAGAAUGGAGCUUGUCAGGUAGCUAAAAUUGGGGAGGGUAUUCCAGGCAGAGGUAAUUGCCUAAAAGCACAAAAGCAGGAAACAGCAGGAAGUGUAAGGGAAACUGCAAAUAAUUCAAUAUGGCCAAAGCAGGAAGGUACGAAAAGCAAACAGUAAGAGGUAAGGCCGGAGGAGGCCAGGGCCAGUUGUGAGUCCAGGGCUGGCUGGGGUGUUCAUGUGUUAGCCUGAGGGUGGGGAUAAACUGCAGGCAGUAUGUACAUCUUUUUCCCCCAGGGUAACAGUCCUUUGUGCUCCUGAGAUUCCAAAAGGGGGCCUGAGCCUCCAAAAAGAACCAGGCCAGUAGGAGCUACUGAAGGAUUUUGAGCAGAACAUUGUAAUGGAAUUUCCUUGUUCAGAAGAUGCUUCUGGCAGCAGUGUGGAGAAUUGGCUAGAGGCCGGUGAGGUGUCCACUGCAGCAGUCCAGGCCAGAGGAAGGAGGUUCCACAGGAAGAUACAGGUCUAGGGAGCACCAGAGAAUUGGCAGCAAAUAUUUGCAUGCCUGCUGGGUGUGUGACACUGUUUGUUCCCUGCCCUAAAAGCCCUGCCAGCUGAAAAGGGCGGGGAGGGGAGAAUGGCUCCAUUCCAGUCCCUCCAGUACAAAGGCAGAGAUCCCAGCCCUGUAACCAGGUCUUACACACGUUGAGAUACUUCGCGUGUGUGGAAUAUAAAUAACCUUAAAAAGAAAGAGGUAGAUCUGUAUGUGUUGGCAAGAUUUCUAAGGUCAAUUAAGUAACAAAGUCAAGAUGUAGUAUGUUACAUGAACAUGAUCCUAUUUAUUUUGAAUGACUACUUCAUAAACUGCUUAUAGUGAUUUAAAGCUGACGGUUAGUAAUGGUUAACCUCUGCAGAGUAGAGAGAGAUUUCUUUUCAGUGUAUAUUGUCCUGUAUAUGCUUGAAUUUUCUACAUUGGGCAUGUAUUUUAUAAUCGAAAUACAUACUGUAUAUAAGUAGCUUAACUAAUCCUAGUCCCUCCCAGCCCUUCCCCGGGGCACGUGGCUGACAUCAGUCUGUGAAUCAUUCCCUGGUCCCCUCCCAGGUGCUCCCUGAGUACUUGAUUCAUCUCUCUAUUGCAGCAUUUAACAUAAUAUGUCACCAAUAUGUUGGUCUGGUUUUCUCUAGACUGAGACCUCCUUGAGGCAGAGACCACUGGGACUAACGCAGUGCCUGGUCUGCGAUAGAGCUGCGGUCCCAGAGUUCCAUGAGACUUAUAAAGUGCAUUUAUACAGUUCUGUGCAUUCUGCUUGAGAGCCCAGGGUUAAACUUCUGUCUGAGCCUGUGGUGUGACACCACGACUCACUGUCCUCUGGAGGAGGAGGGGUGUGGCUGUCUGGGGGGAGGGGGACAGCAAUAACUGAGUGUACUCACCCUGUUCUCUUAGUAUAGCUAACUCCCAAGGCCAUAAACAGAGGGUGUGGACUUUCCUUUCUCUAUGACCCUGGGGCCAAAACCUUCAAGAAUAAGGGAUUGCUCUUUGUUUCAGAGCUAGAGAGCCCUCAAGGUCUGGCAAAAAGCACACAACUUUGGAGCCAAGUAGACCAGCAAGCCCCAUCACCGUCAAGCCAUUAAACCCCUUGGGACCCUAGUUUCCCCUAUGCUUAAUUACAGAUCAUAUAUACUCUACAGAGUUAUGAAGGGUAAAUAAGAAAUAAGAUAGUAUGUUGGCCAUAAAUGUUAGUUUCUUUCUUCUUGGUUCUUGUGUAAUAUACCUCUCAACUUUGCUCUGGGGCCCCAAAGGUCGGGCCUAUGUUGAGAAUCAAACUGGUUCUGCUUUCUUGGGAAAGGAGGGGCAGGAGUGUAGAGGAUGGCUGCGAGUGUCGUCUCGUGCCAUGUCCCCUCCCAGUUCCUCUGAGCUGCUUCUCUCUUCCGUCCC